CCUAUGUCCCGGUCUUGCUUUGUCUUGCCCUUAAUGGUCUCCCCUUGUCCCCUGCGUCCUGCGUGCGUACUCGGUGACCCCUGUGCUGACCUUGUUUCCUUUGUUCCAGGCUCAACACCAAGGUCGAGGCCCGCAAUGUCGAGGUCAAGGAUCUGGUGGCCGAUCUCAGCGAUGGUGUCAUCCUUAUCCAUCUCCUCGAAUGCCUCUCCAACGAAUCCCUCGGUCGCUAUGCCUCCAAACCUAAGCUCCGCGUGCAGCGCUUCGAGAAUGCCAACCUAGGUCUCGACUUUAUCAAGUCCAGGGGCAUCCAGAUGACCAACAUCGGUGCCGAAGAUGUCGUCGAUGGAAACCGCAAGAUUGUUCUGGGUCUCAUCUGGACCCUGAUUCUCCGAUUCACCAUCAGCGACAUCAACCAGGAGGGCAUGUCAGCCAAGGAAGGCCUCCUUCUCUGGUGCCAAAGGAAGACGGCUUGUUACGACGAGGUCGAGGUUCGAGACUUCAGCGCCAGCUGGAACGACGGCCUGGCCUUUUGCGCCCUCCUGGACAUCCACAGACCCGACCUCAUCGACUAUGACGCACUGGACAAGUCGGACCACCACGGCAACAUGCAGAUGGCCUUCGAUAUCGCGCAUAAGGAGAUUGGUAUCCCGAAGCUGCUCGAUGUCGAGGAUGUGUGUGACGUGGCCAAGCCCGACGAACGAAGUCUGAUGACCUACAUUGCAUACUGGUUCCACGCAUUCUCGCAGAUGGAAAAGGUAGAGAACGCUGGUCGCCGAGUCGAGAAGUUUGUCAACAGUAUGCAAGGUGCAUGGGAGAUGCAGAGUGCUUACGAGCGCCGCAUGCGCGCGCUCAUCAAGACCAUCCUCGGCCAGAUUGAGCAAUGGAAGCAGUCCAAGUUUGAAGGAACAUACGCAGAUGCCAAGGCACAGGCAAUGGAGUUUUCUUCUUACAAGAGGGGGAAUAAGCGUGAAUGGGUUGCUGAGAAGAGUGAACUCGCAACCCUGCUUGGAAACAUUAAAACGAAGCUUGGCACGUACCGCCUGCGACCAUAUGACCCGCCGGCAGAUCUUAGCCUGGAUGUUCUCGAGAGAAACUGGACCGACUUGUCCCAAACCGAAAUGAAGCGGGCGCAGUUGAUCAACGAGACCAUUCGAGACAUCAAGAACGCCCUACGCAAGUCAUUCGCUGACAAGGCCAACGACUUUGCUAUGGCUCUUAACACAAUGCAAUUGGCUAUUUCGGGUCUUGAUGGCGACGUCGAGGAUCAGUUACACCAUGUCAGAAAGCUCAGCGAUAACCUCCCGCCCCUAGAUCGGUACUUGGAUACGAUUGCGUCACUGGACGAAAAGUGCCAGGAGGCUAACAUUGAGGAGAACGAUUUUACAACUUAUACCUACGACGAGCUAUCAUACGAGCUUGGCCUGGUGAAGACGUCAGUGCAGAAGAAGCUCGCUUUCCUGGAGAACCAGAUGGUGGCUAGAAACAUGACCAACUUGACACCCAUCCAGUUGGAAGAGUUUGAGAGUGUCUUUCGACAUUUCGACCGUGACGAUACCAAUUCCUUGCAUGAGCUCGAGUUUAGCGCUGCCCUCGCCUCGUUGGGUCUGGUGUUUUCAGAAGACGAGAUGCACGACUAUUUCUUGGAGACGUCCAGUGGACGAGAUUAUGUCACCUUUGAGCAGUUUAUUCGGUUCAUGGUCGACGUGACGGAAGAUCAGAAUACGGCAGAACAGGUGUUCCAGUCGUUCCGCGAGGUGGCCGACGGCAAGCCUUAUGUGACAGAGAUGGACCUGCGCCACAGUUUGGUGCCGGACGAGGUGAUUGACCAAUUGAUCGACAUUAUGCCGCCUCACAAGGGGCCGGACAUGUCUGAAGACCGAGGAAUGCCGCAGUUUGAUUACAUCACCUUCAUGGAGAGGAUGAUCAACGACCAGCGAGAUGGACAAGAUGAUGCGGCGGCGAGUGGCGUGCUGCAGGACAGGACGAACCUUGAACCAGGAAGCCCACUCAAGGAGGGGCAGACCAACGGCGCAUCAGAGUGAGUUGUCAGUGAGCGAGCGAGCGAGCGAGUAAGUGAGUGUUGAAGAGUCGACUGGAUUUGGGAUUGUCCUGGCCAAGGGGCAUCGUCGGCGACUUAGGGAACCGCGCUGGAUACGUGCCUUGCCCUUGAAGAAAAAGGAAGGUUGGGAAGGUGUUUCUUGAGUCAAAGCUGCGUUACCUUGUUACCUUAUACCUUUUAUUGUUAGAUGCAUCAUGUGGUGUUUUGGUGGCGGGGAGGCUUGGCAAAUGGAUAUCCCUUCGAAUUAUACCAGCGCGAAUUGAUCAGGAUAAUAGUAUCUAGUGUAGUGUACGUUACUUUGUAAUUGCAGCAACAAAAUAUCUUA